ACCAGAUUCGCACACAGCCCAACAGGUUACCCAUUAGACGCAGCCCUUGUGCAGUCUUCAACCUUUUCCUUGACGACUUGACAAAAUGUGGUCUCAGAAAAAGUACAUAGGUUCCACGAAGGAGAGGGAGGACCUUUGCCGUCUCUACAUUGAGUUCGACGGGGACAUGGACCGCAUCAUGGAGUCCGCUCUGUGCGCCGAGACCGAAGACGAGCCGCGCAUCAGAGAGGUUCUUCAGAGGCUCAUCGAAGCGCAAGAGAUCCCCGCCUACAGGGCUUUCACACACGAGAGCGCACAGAAGAGGCGCAACCGCAGAGGAAAGGUGGAGAUGGAGAGAGAGGAGGCUGAAACGAAACAAAAGGAGAUGGGUAUCACCAGUGAAGACAGCCUGACCGCUCUGAUCAAGAGGAAACAACAGUCCAAUGAACAGAAAUUCAACUCCCUCAUCUCUGACUUGGAGGAGAAGUACUGCGAGGAGGAGCCCAAGAGAAGCGGUGCCAAGUAAUAGCAGCUCUGCAUGCUUUGUGGAGACACAGCCCAGCAGCCACCUUUAUUUUACAAUAAACUUUCUGUGAGCAUAACCUA